AUGCCCAGCCUGUUCUCCAAACACCUUCACCUCUGUUUCUUCAAGCACAAAUACCCCACCAUCCUAUGCCACUCACACUCUCCACCACCCUCACCACCAUCCACCACCGAUCACUACUUCUCUUCUUCCUCCUCCUCCUCCGACUCCACCGAACCCGACUUCGCCUCCAUCUUCGCCUCCCAACGCUUCUUCUUCUCCUCCCCAGGCACCUCCAAUUCCAUCAUCCAAUCCCCCGACACUCGCACUUCCACCCCAACCGGUGGUGGCAUUACGGUCCCCAAGUACUCCCUCAACCCCUACGUCGAUUUCCUCCGUUCAAUGCAGGAAAUGAUCCGUUCCCGCCAAAUCUUUGACGUUAGAAAAGAUUGGGACUAUCUCCAUGAACUCCUCUUAUGCUACCUCGCUCUCAAUCCCACACAUACCCACAAAUACAUCGUUCGUGCUUUCACCGACCUUGUCGUCGAACUCUUGUCCUCCACCCCUCGCCGGACACGCAACAACCGGCGCCAGAGUAGUUUCUCAGGGAGCUUCGUGUAA